AUGAGCGACUCUGAGAAACACGGCGAGGGAACAGCUGGUGUGGUGAUCCUGGGGAGACUGAAGGGAAGGGGAGGCUUGAGGGGAGUUACAAAACAAGAUUUGACGGAGCUGACGCCGGGACGGCUUUCAGACAGGCGUGUGGAGGUGGGGGAGGGACAUUCUGAAGGCGGGUCAUGUGGCCAAGAUGUGUCAGCCUUAGUCACUAGGGACGCGGGAUCAAGCAGCAGCAGCAGCAGCAGCAGCAGCAGCCAUGGUGUCUUUCCUCAUGGUGGGGCGAGCAGCUCCCCAGGUGAGGGCGGUACCGACCCAGCCCGGCAGCAGGAGGGCCUUGGUGCUUCCCAUGGUUCACCCGAGCCAGACCUGGUGGUGGUGAGGGAGCGCCUGGCAUCCGUCAAGAACAAGGUGCUGGUGCUGUCUGGCAAGGGAGGCUUGGGCAAGUCCACUGUGAGUGCCAUGCUGGGCCUUACCUUGGCCCUCGAUGACUCCAAGGAGGUGGGGUUCCUUGACAUUGACAUCUGUGGGCCGUCUCAGCCGCGGGUGUUGGGGACAGCAGAGGAGAAGGUCCACUCUUCAGGUGUUGGCUGGUCCCCUGUGUAUGUGUCUGACAAUCUGGCUGUCAUGUCCGUUGGGUUCCUGCUCAACAGUGCAGACGACGCUGUCAUCUGGAAGGGACCCAAGAAAGAUGUGAUUGAUGAGGUAGUGUUUAAGCAUGUAGCUGUGGAUGAAGUGGCUCUGCUGGAUGUGAGGAAGGAAAUCACAUUCUGCAGGAAAGUGAACAUUCCCAUCAUUGGCCUGGUGGAGGACAUGACCACCUUUGUGUGCCCCAAGUGUAAGACCAAGACGGCCGUCUUCCCUGCCACUACUGGAUGUGACCCCCAGCUGGCAGAGGAUACUGAGAUGCCACUGCUUGGCCAGCUGCCGCUGGACCCCCGGGUGGCCCAGGCGUGUGAUGAAGGCACCAACAUUCCAACACAAGAGCCAGAUGCUGCUGUCACUCAGGCAUACAAAGACAUUGCAAAUAAAAUCAAGGAGUACUGUGAUGCACAGUCCCAAGAAGCCACUUGACCUGCAGCGGUAGCAGCAGCAGCAGCAGCAGUCAUCACCACACUAACCAACACAUUCUACAGAAAAGUCUUGUCAUUCAUGCAGAGGUUUAUUUUACAUUUACUUCUUAAAUCCAUAUUAUUAACAUCA